ACCCCUGGUGCCUGCAGAGACACUCCGUGCCCCGAGCUGUCACCGCCACUGCCCCCCAGGCUCCUGACGCCAUGCAGGCCAUCAAGUGUGUGGUGGUGGGAGACGGAGCAGUGGGUAAGACCUGCCUUCUGAUCAGCUACACCACCAAUGCCUUCCCGGGAGAGUACAUCCCCACCGUGUUUGACAACUAUUCAGCCAACGUGAUGGUGGAUAGCAAGCCCGUGAACCUGGGGCUGUGGGAUACCGCCGGGCAGGAGGACUACGACCGCCUCCGGCCACUCUCCUACCCCCAGACGGACGUGUUCCUCAUCUGCUUCUCCCUCGUCAGCCCAGCCUCCUAUGAGAAUGUCCGUGCCAAGUGGUACCCCGAGGUGCGGCACCACUGCCCCAGCACCCCCAUCAUCCUGGUGGGCACCAAGCUGGACCUGAGGGAUGACAAGGACACCAUUGAAAAGCUGAAGGAGAAGAAGCUGGCGCCCAUCACCUACCCACAGGGCCUGGCACUGGCCAAGGAGAUUGACUCUGUCAAAUACCUGGAGUGCUCAGCCCUCACCCAGCGGGGCCUGAAAACCGUCUUCGAUGAGGCUAUCCGGGCUGUCCUGUGCCCACAACCCACACGGCAGCAGAAACGCGGCUGCAGCAUCCUUUAGGGGU